AUGUACUACGACGUGAAUAUUAGUCUGGAUUAUCCAAAGCAAGAUAUCGAGGAGCUGGAGAAAAGUGAAUACGAAGGGUUUUGUGUGAAUAAGACUAUGAGGCCCAAGGACCUCGAAAGACUUUCCCAUGGAUCUCUUGAGUUUCCUGGGGCAAAGCGUUACUACAACCGUGCGGAGAUUGUAUUUGGAGAGGGAGAGCAGAUUGGAUACGACUUUAGAAAAGCAAUGAGAUAUGAUCUGUUUGUUGUGAAGCUGAGCGGGACAGAGGGAAUGGAUAAGAUAAUAAAACAUCAGCCAGAUAUGAUUACAUUUGACUAUGGUGGAAAAGUCCUUCCAUUUAAGCCCGGACUUGUCAAGACGGCAAUCAGGGAAGGCAUAUUCUUUGAGAUACCGAUGAGAGAGGGCUUGAGAGGAGGGUCUUUAACCAUCAUGUGGAUCCGGAAUGUACGGAGACUGCUGUUUAUUACAAAUGGGAAGAACAUUGUAGUUAGCAGUGGGGCCCAAUGCUCCAUGGAGAUUAAGAAAGUCAGAGAUGUUGUUAAGAUGCUUGAGAUGUUUGGACUUGGGGAGAAAAGAGCACUGGAAGUGAUGCUCAACUCGGAGAGGCUUUUAAAGAGGUGUGCAAUGAAAAGGCAUUGCUACAGAGACUCGAUUGUGCACAGUGUGGAUGAAGGGGCCCUAAAAAGGGACUUUGUACUGUCUCUGUACAAAAAUUGA